CCUAUCUCUACACCUGAUGAGUACACUAGCUACCUCUAGAAUUUGUUGCAGGAUAAGAUGGGUUUUAGGGGCUACAAGACCGCAGCAGCUUGCUUCAUCUUACUCAACAUCAUAUCUUUCACUCAUGCUUCAUCUCAUCGUCAUUAUAAUCUUCCAACCCCUCCAGAAGCUUUUCCUUUGAAUUGCCCGAAAGAUACUCUAAAGUUUGGUGUCUGUGGGAGCUGGCUAGGGCUGGUCACUGAGGUUAUUGGGACGAAGCCAAGCGAGGAAUGCUGCACGCUGGUGAAAGGGCUUGCAGAUCUUGAGGCUGCCUUGUGUUUGUGCACUGCCAUUAAGGCCAAUGUGCUGGGAAUUGUCAAGCUCAAGGUGCCCAUUGCCAUCACUUUGAUUGUUGAUGCUUGUGGAAAGAAGGUCCCUCAAGGCUUUGUAUGUGAAUAGAAGAAGCUCAAUCUUUCUGGCUCUUGUUCUCAUUGAAUAAAUUUAGCACAUUUAUCUGUGUAAAAUUUUUAUUUAUUAUUAUUAUUAUUUUCUAAUCAA